AGACUUAGUAUUUGUUUCCCCUCAACUUCACUCCUUUAACUUGCCUUUCCUGUUUUUUUAACAACCAAUCCUUUUGCUCGUGUUAAGGCAAGUUUUUUUUUUUUUCUUUUCCCUCUCGUAAAAACGACAGGAUUAAGGAACUGCUUCUUCAGAAAGUUGCUCUUGAUUGUGAAAAGCAGGAAGCUAGGGCCACUGCAAGGCCUUAUCACACAUAUCUGCAUGUCAUUUUCUCAGACCUACAGUGAUAAGUCAGAAUCACAGAAUGAGCUUGCUAGGGGACAUGCUUGCCCUUGUUGACUUUCAAGGGCAGCUUGAAGAUGAACUGAACCUCAAAGCUGGAGACGUAAUAAAAAAUGUGAAGAAAACAGCAGAAGAGGGAUGGCUAGAAGGAGAGAACAAUGGAAGGAGAGGACUUUUCCCCCAAUUGUUUGUAAAGGAAAUACCCUCAGUUUUUCUAAGCGAUAAUGGACAGAGGUUCCCAAGAUCUGUUAGGAAACCUAAUGUUACUGUUCAAAAGAAGAAGCAGCGAUGGUGUCGAGCAGAGUAUUCAUACAACCCAGGGAAGCCAGAUGAACUGGAGCUUUUAGCAGGGGAAGUGAUAGAAGUCCUGGAGGAGAUUGAAGAUGGUUGGUGGCUGGGUAAAAAUGGAGAGCUAGUAGGAGCUUUUCCAUCCAACUUUGUGCUGGAACUUUCUGAACCACCACCAGAGAAGAUUGCAAAUUUUAAGAAAAACAAUAAACAAAGACCAAAGAUGAUGGAUAUAAAUUUUAGUUCUAAGGAAGAAGAGAAGGUGAAACGAGGAGAUAAAGCUGAAGUGAAACAAGUAGAAAAAUCUGAAGUGAACAAUGAAAAAGGCCCAUCACCCUGUAAUGAAUAUGCCCGAGUUAUGUUUGAUUACAUUUCUGCUGUGCCAGAUGAGCUUUCGCUGAAGAAGGGAGAUGUUGUAUCAAUCAUAAGCAAGGAGACAGAAGAUGAGGGCUGGUGGAAAGGAGAACUACAUGGAAAAACCGGCUUGUUUCCAGAUAACUUUGUAUUAUUACUGCCUCCCAAUUCACACAUUAAAGCGAACAAACCUCCUCAAAGAAUAGCAACUGUGAAAAAAACAGUGGCUAAAAAAGAUCCACCCAACAUGGACCUAAAGUCACCUGUAAACAGGCCACUGUCUCCUCCUGAAACAGCACAGAAAGAGCCAAAAGAGACCAAAGCAGAGCCAACCAGUAAAGUGACCCAUCAACCUGCAAGGAAGCCAGCACCUCCUCCGCCAGUGCCAGUCAAGAGCAAACCUAAUGCCAGUCAUGCCAGCAAGUCCACUACAGAAUCCCAGACAAAGUUAACAGAGGAAAAGAAAGAAAAAAGCAAGGAACCAAAUACCUCUACGCUAGAUGGACUUAAAGUGUCAUCAAUGAAACUGGCACAUCCCACAGCAGACAGACCAAAAAUGCAGGGUAAACGGCCACCGAAGACCAAGGUUAUGUCUUCAGAGACUGACUCCGUAAGCAGUAAAGAAGAAGAUCAGUUGAAUUCCCACAUUAAAAGCCCUCCAGCUAAGAGUACCCCUAAAAUCACUAUUAAAUCAGCCACUCCGUCUACAAAGAGCAGUACAUAUGCUCAAAUAUCCAAGAAGAGCCCAGAACCUGCACAGAAUGCUCAAGUAGAAGGGCUUACAGAGGAAAUCAAAGCACUUAAAAUUAUGCUUGAAAUACUUAAAAACAAGCACAUGACAGAUAUGCAAGAGAUUAGAUCAGAAAUGAGUGAAGAGAGAGUGAAGCGACUAGCACUGCAGAUGGAGGUUGAAAACCUGAAGAAACUAUCAUCAUCCUAGCUGAAUUCUUGGGCUGGUCCCACAAGCACACAAAGUGAUCUGUUGACAUCAGUCACCGGUGACAGGUCUAUACAACUUCAGAUACACAGUAUUUCUGUAUGCUUCAUUCAGGAGGAAAGACACUAUUUGACGUAUUGAGAUCAGAUCAUGUGAAACCUCAGAAAUGAAAAAAUGAUAGCACUGCCCCCAAAUGUUUACCACAUAUUAUAGUAGUUUAGUACAUUUGAUUUCAUUGUUUCUGUAUAUUUCUUGAAGCCACAUGUCAAUAAUGGCCCAUUUUGGUUCUUGGCCUGUUCCCAUGACCCAUCAAGACUUUAAAAGGUGUUGGUUCAAACUCCAGAGCAAGACAGUACCAAACCCAAGAUAAACGGACAAAGAAAUAAAAUAUGUUCUGCUUUCCCU